AUGCCACCUCCAUCGAACCAACGGGCUGAUAUUGAGCCCCCGGAGGAACUCACGUCGGUGGCCGCUCAGGGGUUCAUGACCGGUGCUUUCCGAUUUGGGUCAGUGUCAAUCCUCGCACACAUGAUCAUGAACCUCCCUCAUCCAUUUGUCUUCUCCGAGCCAACCCCGCCCUCCACCCAAACACAUGCACAACGUCCUCGCCCGUCGAUCUUCUCUCGAGACUAUCUUCGCGCACGGCUCUUCCACAGACCGCUAGAAGGGUUCUCAGACUGGGUUUCACCGACCUCCCGCGUAUAUCGUGGGCUUACACCGCAAUUUAAAGUCUUCCUGCAGCUCGCAGUGAUGACUCUUGGUGGCUGUAUCUGGGCCGAGCGCCGCGUGACGGAGUAUAUCGAGCUGAUGCGUCGGAUCAAGCGGGCGGAACGACUGCAGGUGGAGCGCGCCAAUAACUACCGGCCCUGA